ACCAUGGAGAGCGGCCCCAGCAGCGCUCCACCUGCACAGUCAGAUCCCCUGGAGGCCUUUCCGCAGCGGAGCCUGGAGGCAGGUGACAUCGCAGUGCUGGUUCUGUACUUCCUCUUUGUCCUGGCCGUCGGACUAUGGUCCACAGUGAAGACCAAGAGAGACACAGUGAAAGGCUACUUCCUAGCUGGAGGGGACAUGAUGUGGUGGCCUGUGGGUGCGUCCUUGUUUGCCAGCAACAUAGGAAGCGGACAUUUUGUAGGCCUGGCGGGGUCAGGCGCUGCUGCGGGCAUUUCUGUGGCUGCUUAUGAGUUCAACGGCGUCUUUUCCGUGCUGACCCUGGCCUGGGUCUUCCUCCCCAUCUACAUUGCGGGUCAGGUCACCACGAUGCCAGAAUACCUCAGGAAACGCUUCGGUGGCAACAGGAUCCCCAUCCUCCUGGCCGUGCUCUACCUGUUCAUCUACAUCUUCACCAAGAUCUCGGUGGACAUGUAUGCAGGUGCCAUCUUUAUUCAACAGUCUUUGAAACUAGAUCUGUACCUGGCCAUAGUUGGACUGUUGGUCAUCACAGCUCUGUACACUAUUGCAGGUGGCCUGGCUGCUGUGAUCUACACGGAUGCUCUGCAGACGGUGAUUAUGCUGAUAGGAGCACUCACCUUGAUGGGCUACAGUUUUGCGGCCGUGGGAGGGCUGGAAGGCCUGAUGGAGAAGUACUUCUUGGCCCUGGCCACCAACCGCACUGAAAACAGCAGCUGCGGGCUGCCCCGCGAGGACGCCUUCCACAUCUUCCGCGACCCGCUGACGUCCGACCUCCCGUGGCCCGGGAUCCUGUUCGGAAUGUCCGUGCCGUCCCUCUGGUACUGGUGCACAGAUCAGGUGAUCGUGCAGCGGAGUCUGGCUGCCAGGAAUCUGUCCCACGCCAAAGGGGGCUCCCUGAUGGCUGCGUACCUGAAGACGCUGCCCCUCUUCAUGAUGGUGUUCCCGGGGAUGGUCAGCCGCGUGCUCUUCCCAGAUCAAGUGGCCUGUGCAGACCCAGAGAUCUGCCGGAAGGUCUGCGGCAACCCCUCUGGCUGCUCGGACAUCGCGUAUCCCAAACUUGUGCUGGAGCUCCUGCCCACCGGGCUCCGUGGGCUCAUGAUGGCUGUGAUGGUAGCGGCGCUCAUGUCCUCCCUCACCUCCAUCUUCAACAGCGCCAGCACCAUCUUCACCAUGGACCUCUGGCACCACGUCCGGCCGCGGGCCUCUGAGAAGGAGCUCAUGAUUGUGGGCAGGCUGUUUGUGCUGCUCCUGGUGUUGGUCUCCAUCCUCUGGAUCCCGGUGAUCCAGGCCAGCCAUGGCGGCCAGCUCUUCAUCUACAUCCAGUCCAUCAGCUCCUACCUGCAGCCGCCCGUGGCCGUGGUCUUCAUCAUGGGGUGUUUCUGGAAGCGGAGCAACGAGAAGGGUGCCUUCGCGGGUCUGACCGUGGGCCUGCUCCUGGGCCUGGUCCGGCUGAUCCUGGACUUCAUCUACACGCAGCCGCAGUGCCACCAGCCGGAUGAGCGCCCCUCUGUGGUGAAGGACGUCCACUACCUCUACUUCUCCAUGAUUCUGUCCGCCGUCACCCUGGGCACCAUGUCCACCGUGAGCUGGCUCACAGAGCCGCCCUCCAAGGAGAGGCUCAGUCGCCUGACCUGGUUCACGCGUCACGACGCCAGGGUCCAGCAGGACCAGCCGCCUCCGCUGCCUCCAUCCCCGGCCCCGAACGGCAGCGCACAGCCCCGCUCCUCUGCUCUGGGGACACGGCCCCUCCUGAUGACCUUUCCUUGGUUCCUUUCAGGGGACGGGACCCGGAAGCAGCCCAGAGUGCUGAGAGCCAUGCUGUGGCUGUGCGGGAUGGACGGCGAGGGCCAGGCGGAGCCCCUGGGCAGGGCGGACCCCGUCAUCGCGUCCCUGGAAGAAAACCCCUCGGUGAGAGCCCUUCUGGACAUCAACCUCAUCCUGUGCAUCAGCGUCAGCAUCUUCCUCUGGGGCUACUUUGCUUAG